GAGAUUACAAGGUUUCACCAAGGAAAAGAAAGACGUGCAUGGAGAGAGCUAGAAUCUAAUAGCUCUGCUUUCACUUUGGAGUUGUAUACUUUUACACAUUUCGUUUUCUGGAGUUUGGCAUUGCUGAAGAAUAGUAAUAAUAAUAAUAAUAAUAAUAGUUAUAACGGAAGAAGAAGCAAUUUGGUGGAAAAGUAACGUUUUCACUGACUUUUCUGUCGUCACUGCACAACAUUUUAUGUGGGAUCUAUAACACAGGAGCGCGUUUUUAAGGGCUCGUGUUUUGCACGGUUUUAGGUCUCUGAUUUUUCUUCUGCCUUGGUGAUUUUGAGAGCUUAAAAGUGGAAUAGUGGCGUGCUGGUAUUGCACGAGGAGACGUCCCCAAGGGAGCUCCCAUUCCUCGCUUUGAUUCAUCCCAUGCACUCGCCUGCUGCGGGGUACAGUCGGAUUGUUUCGAAGCCCGAUGUAAAAAGAAAAGCACGACUCGGUGGAUCUAGCAGCUUUCAGUUCAUGGUACUGCAGAGGUUCUGUGAUGGGAUUAGAGGCAAAAUGGGAUUCCACGGAAGAAUCAGGAAUUUGUAAUAACAGGAUGUCGACUUGGGGUUGCCUCCUAUGUAUGGCCGUGGUCUCCAUGGCAACACUUUCUUUAGCACGGCCUCUAUAUGAUCUGUCAGAAGACAAUACUGCAGAACCUGAUGAUGCCCCAUUCUGGACUAAUCUGGAGAAAAUGGAGAAGAAGCUCCACGCGGUCCCGGCCGCCAACACUGUGAAGUUCCGCUGCUCGGCUGGAGGGAACCCCAAGCCUGCCCUGCGCUGGCUCAAGAACGGCAGAGACUUCAAACAGGCGCAUCGCAUUGGGGGCUUUAAGGUUCGGCCUCAGCACUGGAGUCUCAUAAUGGAGAGCGUGGUUCCUUCGGAUAAAGGGAAUUACACCUGCAUAGUGCAGAACAAAUACGGGUCCAUCAACCACACCUACCACCUCGAUGUGGUCGAGCGAUCCCCCCAUCGGCCCAUCCUGCAGGCUGGCCUCCCUGCCAAUGUGAGCGUGUACGUGGGCGAGGAAGCGCGCUUCACCUGCAAGGUAUACAGCGACGCCCAGCCGCACAUACAGUGGCUCAAACAUGUGGAGAAGAAUGGCAGCCACGUUGAUGCUGAUGGAAAGGCUUAUUUCCACGUCUUAAAGACUGCAGGUGUUAACACCACGGAUAAAGACAUUGAGGUUCUGUGUUUACCGAAUGUAACUUUUGAGGAUGCUGGGGAGUAUACAUGCUUGGCUGGUAAUUCUAUUGGGAUCUCCUACCACUCUGCAUGGCUCUCAGUUCUACCAGUUCCAGUAGAAGAGUUUAAGAAGGACCUGACCUCCCCUGACUAUGUGGAGGUAGCAAUCUAUUGCCUUGGGGUGUUUCUGAUUGCCUGCAUGGUAGUGAUCGUGGUGGUGUGCCGGAUGAGGACCACGGCCAAGAAACCAGACUUUAGCAGCCAACCUGCAGUACACAAGCUCACCAAGCAGAUCCCUCUGCACAGACAGGUGUCUGCAGACUCCAGUUCCUCCAUGAAUUCCAACACUCCCCUGGUUUACAUCACAACACGCUCCUCAUCUGCUGUGGAUGCUCCCGUGCUGCCGGGGGUCCCAGAGUAUGAGCUCCUCGAAGACUCCUGCUGGGAGUUUGAAAGAGACAGGCUAACUUUUGGCAAGCCACUGGGGGAAGGCUGCUUCGGGCAGGUGGUCAUGGCGGAGGCUCUGGGAAUUGACAAAGACAAGCCCAAGGAGGCAGUGAUGGUGGCUGUGAAGAUGUUGAAAGAUGACGCUACUGAGAAAGACCUGUCUGACCUGGUGUCCGAGAUGGAGAUGAUGAAAAUGAUCGGAAAGCACAAAAACAUCAUCAAUCUUUUAGGAGCCUGCACCCAGGAGGGCCCUCUGUUUGUAAUAGUUGAGUAUGCGUCAAAGGGGAACCUCCGUGAGUACCUGCGAGCCCGCCGCCCCCCUGGGAUGGAGUACUCCUAUGACAUAACCUGCGCGCCGGACAAGCAGCUCUCCUUCAAGGACCUGGUGUCCGGCACUUACCAGGUAGCAAGAGGCAUGGAGUACCUGGCAUCUCAGAAGUGUAUUCAUCGUGAUCUUGCCGCCAGGAAUGUAUUAGUCACAGAAAACAAUGUGAUGAAAAUAGCAGACUUUGGUUUAGCCAGAGAUAUCCACAAUAUUGAUUAUUAUAAAAAGACAACAAAUGGUCGGCUUCCAGUGAAAUGGAUGGCUCCAGAAGCCCUCUUUGACAGAGUUUACACCCAUCAGAGUGAUGUGUGGUCCUUUGGUGUAUUGAUGUGGGAGAUCUUCACAUUGGGAGGCUCCCCAUACCCCGGCAUUCCUGUAGAAGAGCUUUUCAAGCUUCUUAAAGAGGGACACAGAAUGGACAAGCCUGGCAACUGCACCAACGAACUGUAUGUGAUGAUGAGAGACUGUUGGCGUGCCAUUUCUUCACAUAGACCAACAUUUAAACAAUUGGUUGAAGACCUGGACCGAAUUCUGUCCUUAACUACGAAUGAAGAGUAUUUGGACCUGUGCCCCCAGGCAGAGCAGUAUUCCCCCAGCUUCCCUGACAAACGGCGCUCCUGCUCCUCCAGCGAUGACUCGUUCUCCUGUGAGCUCCUGCCUGAAGAGCCCUGUCUUCCCAAGUACCAGCACAUGAAUGGCAAUGUUAAAAUAUGAAGGCAGCCGAGCCUCCACUUCAGGGGAGAGGCCUCCAGCAGAGACUGCAUCUCCGGUGACAAAAGCUUCCAUCUGCAACAUUGUUUUUUGUGGCUAGUAUACAGACUUUUUUACAUGCACAUGAAUAACAUGUUUUUCAAAAGCUCUUAAACUUUUGUAUUAAGGAAGACUAGUGCCAGGAUUUAUGGACACUUAACUGUAAAUGAGUCUUGGAGCAAGCAAUAACCUCUUCAUUCCAUAUUUGAAUGGACCACAGUGGACUUGAGGCAAAGAAAAAGACUGCCUUGCUUGUUUUGUAAUAUUGGUAAUAAUGUAAGCCCACACGUCACUAUGGCGCAAUGAUGUGCAGUAUAUGAAGUGCUGGGUAUAUUUGUAAAUAUAUUAAAAUAUAUAUAAAUCUAUAUUA